AUGGCAGACUUGAGGCUUGGCAGCCUCGUGGCGGAGGUUGUCGUAGAAGGUGGAAUGCGACCUCACUAUGGCGCUAGAGAUGCGAUCGAUGGCAAAGUGGUACUCGACAAUCGACUCAAAAGCAACAAAUCUACCGCACCGACCGCAGACUUAUUCGUGCCAAUGAAACUCGAAGUCCUGCUUCGCGGCAAAGCCAAAGUCAUUGUCAAGCAAGAACGAGAUAUGCCCGUAGAUCAUGGAGGGCCGUUGUUCAAUCUCGCCGUCGGAAUCUUCAAUGGGUCUUUCAGCUCCAAGCCAGACGAUAGACAUGAAUUUCCGUUUCACAUCUGCUUCCCCGAGACGGCCAUGGGAGGAGCUCUCCCACCAUCAUUCUCUCACGCGUUUCAGCAGUUUCCGGAUACCGUCGACCUCGCGGUUCGAUACAGAUUGGGAGUCAAGAUCGAUAUCCCUGGGAUCGACAUUAGGACCACGGUGCCAGAGCAUGGGAAACAGCCGGAGAUACAAUAUGACGAUCCUCGUCCUACAGCCAUGAGUUUGAAUACGGUGAUCAGAACUCACAAGCAGAAGUCCGUGAUUCAGACAAAUAUGCUGCUUCCCGAAGACGAGCGACCGCAGGGAUUCCAGCAGAGACUUCGAGCCGUUUUUGGAACUGCGCCGAAGUUUGGCUGUGAGAUUAGUUGUACGGAGCUUCAGCACAUCUGGCCUGGAUAUCAGCCUUCUUUCACAAUGAGUAUCCGUCGUAGCGAGCAGAGUGAUGCUCUAUCAUUCCCCGAAGUGAUCGUCACGUCUUUUCGAGCYGAUUUAAUAGCAUACACAUGGUGUGAUUCAUCAAGACGGCUCAAGGGACCCUUUGAAAGGAAUGAUAGUCGGACAGUUCAAAAGUUGGAUUGUCGGACAACUCUGCCUUUAUCCUUGACAAAGGCCACCGAAUAUUCUGCUGCCAUCUCAACCGAGGCGGUGCUGCGAUGGCCGACCAGCUUCCGGCAUGCGUUAAUCAUACGGAGAUACUUUGUGAAAGUUCGGAUGAAGAUGAAAUGUGCGGAGCAGACUGUUUUGUUUGUCAGGGAGUUUGAGGUCAAGAUGGUUCCAAGGCCGAAGGAUGUCGAAGAUCGAUCUGGUGAUGCUGGACCUUCGAAUGCUGCACGAAUGCCGCCGCCUCCGUACAGUGGGAGUGAGUUGGAGCCUUGCCGGGAAAGAGAGGAACAGAUCACGCUAGAUUGA